AGCAAUUGAACGUCGGAGAGUCUUCAUCUCCUGCGUCGUCAGGUCCACCCUGUGAAUGACAUUUUCAAUUGAAUACCGGAGCGCUUAUUAUUACGUAUGAAAGACAUCACAUCAUGUAGCGCUUACUUUGAAAAAGUAAGAUGCAUGAUUCUUCUAGGUUUGCGAGUUUUAGGCGGUUGUAGAGGUAGAACGUGCUAAGUACCCAUGCCGGUCCGCUCAAUACAGUACUAGGUACACGACCGAGCGCGAAGCAUUGGCAGCGCAGAAGAUGGUGGGAACAAGAGCAUGUCGUGCAAGUCGUCGUGGCUGCUUGGAAGUUAUUAAAGGGUCUAGUUUGGUCUGGAUUUGGCUUUCCGCUUCCGGCACAAUUUUCACAUCGUUCCUGUCCUUCUCGCGGUACACGACCGGCGCUGCCGCAGUGACCGAGAGCACGACGCGGGGCGGCAAGCACCGAAAUGAAGCCUCUACGCUCGCCGCGGCUCGGGACCGGCGUUUGGUAAUUCACGUCGGCAACGGUCUGGUUCGACCCGAUGGCGAGUAUUGGGAUACAGAUUCUCGUGCACGUAGCACAGAAAACCAGUGGCCCAACAAGAAUGCUACAGUUGUCUCGGAUCCUCGUAGAGUCGCACUAACACGGCACCUGCAGGUCGGACCGCACACACUCCAGUGUGACAUUGAAGUAAAGCACCGGCUCACGACGAACGCGAAUCCUAGAACUACUACGAAGGGGCAAUCACAAUCAGAAGCUGCUCGAGUUGAACUACAACGGAAUACAAGUCCCUCUGACGAAACUACAGAUGAUCAAAAUCCCAUUGCCGAUCAUCAUUUUCGCGACCGGGGGCGCGAAAGUGCACAGGCUGGUACUUCUCAGUCCGAGUUAGUUCGACCUGGCACGACAGUCACUGAUGUGCUGGGAGAUGAAAGUAGCACCUCCAAUACAUCUUCAACGACGUCGCCGUCGAGGCUCGGGAUACAGCCUGUCAAGGAACAGGCGGAAGAUGCAACCAUCCCUGUUCCUCCACCUGCUCCACCGAGGAACCCAGCGCAACAUCACGAUCACGACUCGCAGGACGACCUCUUUAAGCGCGACUCUUCGAAGCUGUACCCCGGUCUAGAACGUUACAUCGCGAUACAACACGAACGAGAUCGGGAGAGAGAGCAGGCAAGACCCCUUUCGCAAGUCCAUUCAGCGGCGCUGCAAACGGAAGCACACAUCAACAGUGGCGAAGAAACACAAAAGAACGGUCGUGACCACCGUCAGAGAAGGAAUGAGCCUGAACUUCGACCGGGAUCUUCUUCAAAACGACCCGAUAAAGCCGACAAGCUGCAACUCGCCGUUCCGGAGCCCGCGUACCUGCGCGAGCUGCUGUUUGCAAAGAUCAAGGAUUUUCAGUUCAUUAACGCCGACGGGAAUGGGAUUGCAUUUCAGGGAAGUACCAUUCAGCACCAACCGCAGCAGGCACGCCCACCGGAAAAAAGAAAAAAGACAGAGGAGGAGGAGCUCAAUGACCUCGACGCGGAGGACGAUACGGAAGAUAGUAGUCUUACAACUGGAUCUUCUGGUGGUUCCAUAACUCCCAGCGUGCAGAAAGAAAUGGACCGCCAGGCGUCCUGCUGGCGGCUCGGAAAGGAAGAGGACGGGUAUUGGGGCUUCACGCUUUGUUUCGGCGAUGAAGUUCGCCAGUUUGAGCGCGGAAAUCCUCUCGCGGCGGGGUACUCCCUUGGAAAAUUUUCCGCACAAAUUGUCACGGUGCAUGGAGUGCCUGUGCCACAGCCGGAUCGAACAGAUGAACGGGGGGGUUCAGACACAGCGAGCCGCUUGGCCGACGAACCGAGGGACGCGACUAGAACAAAGAAUACGUCGUGGCGAUUUCUUCUCGAUGCAGUGCUGCCUGCAUCGGAUUUUUACUCUGCCGAACAGACAGGAGCAGCCGGAGAUGAGCCAGUGCCCGAUCGGACGAGCCAUCAAGUAGAUGGAAAUAAAACGUCGACUGUAACAAGUCCAAGCCUUGUUCUGGACCACUUACCCGAGCAAAAGAAGGCAGCGCUCGCAGACGCCCUGCAGCGGGGUGCUGCGACACUUUCACUUGCACAGCACUACAGCGGGGGCACCGACGGCCGCGAAACCUUCGUCCUCAUCGACUGUGGUACAUUUUCUUUACGUAGAGUGAAUGACAAUCAACGAUUGUUGUAAUUGUUUGAGUCGAGCACGAACGUUCUCGCGACAUUCACAAAUAUCAAAACCUGUGAACAACAGCAGCACCGAGGAAGCACACUCUCAUGCGUUAAUAUUCUUGGGUUCCCACGGAAAAUAAAGAUUUCUUUCCUACCCAGACCCACGAAAAUGACUGAUGAAAACUCCUUUCCAAUAAAAACAGGAGCUGAGCUUGCCCCUUCCUACAGCAAAGUUAGCGAGCCGAAACCGCUGCAAUACGAGAUUCGUAUCAAUUCUCCGAGUCUGUGUAGUAUGCAGGACCUCCAGGGCUUUGGCUUAGUUCGCUACCUCAGCACGUUUCCUUCACCCAAACAGCCGGCGAUUACGAGAGUGGGCUCAGCCGACCCAUUGAAGGACUCUCGCACGGCUUACUCACAUUUGAAAGUGACGGACAUCGACGACCUCGACCGCACUUUGUCUUUUCUCGACUACGUAGUCGCUGAGGCAAAGCAGAACCUGUUCGCCGACAGUAAAGAUCGGGACGAGGCCGGCUUCUCGACGAAAAGUUUCCUCGACGAGGGAGCUGCAGCCUCGGGUUCCAGGAAAUCAACCGUCCGUAGUGAAACUGGCGAGCGCUCCGCUUACGACGCAAGUAGCGCCGAGGGAGAGAAGGUGGCCAGUAGUAGGAGCGACGGGUCCGAGCCGUCAAAUGGGCCGAAAAACUUGCUAGAAAGUUUCACGAACCUCUUCAGCAACGUCCAUUUUUUUCUCUGGAAAGCGCCAAGGGAAUUUUUCUUUUCGCCUGCGACGGACGAGUUGCCUUUCGCGCAAAGUACACGAAAAAGCGCAAGGAACAAAACCGCGACAGCGCCGGAGGUUGAUGCUAUCUCUGGUCGCAGUCACGAGGAAAUGGAGCAAGAAAGACUGAAGGAACGACAAAGGCAAAAGUAUGAAAAUACUCGGCAGCUGCGGCCAAGCAUGCGUCUGUUUAAAGAGUCUCUCCCACUGUCGCUGUUACUCAGCAACCAUUUCGGGCAGUGCUUGGAUCGGAACGAGGGCUGGUGGUCGUACCAGUAUUGCUUUCCACACGGCAUGCGGCAGUUCCACGCGGCCCAGGCACAGCAUGGCUUGACGAUCGACGCCAACGGCGCGGUAGUGACGCAAGAGAACUUGCCGAAUUCGCCCGCUGCCAGCGUGGAAGUUGCUUACUCUCUCGGGACGUCGCAAUCGAUUCUGGGGAAGAUCUUCAACCUUCGCACUAGGCUGCUCCAUCUGGCGAAGAAAUUGAGCUUCCCCCUGGGCGCCUCGCAAAAUGCGAGCACUUUUGUCGACAAGGUGCCCGAAACUCCGGACCAGUACCCCAAGACCCUCCGCGCCGCGGUGAACAUGAAGCCGGAGAAUCCGCGACUCCUUUCCGAUGGGGACAGCCAGAUUCGCGACCCCGAGACCCACAUUUUUCUUCACGUGUGGGACAAACUGCAGUGGUACUUUGAGAAAACGCACCAGAGAAGGAGGAAAAAGAGUGCCAAGUCCAAGGAGUCGGUUCUGAACCAGCUGCGACAGAAAAACUGGCAGGUGUACGACGGAAAUUUGGUGUUCCAAUCAAUCAACAAGACGUCCGCAUUUUACGAAUCGUCCACACCGUACGCCACUGGGAUAAAAGCCAAGGACUCUUUCGCGGGUGCGAUAACAAAACUGGCGAAGGUCUACUUCGAAGAGAUCCAGGAGCUGACACGAAUCUUUUCCUUGCAAAGGUUCUUGAAUGAGACUUUCAACGAAGAACUCGGACUCAAGAUCAACAGCGAAAGUGGUUCGAUGGCAGGACGACGAGGACGUGUUGUGUCCUCAGGGCAACAUGUCGCCAAGAAGACGAAGCAAAAGGCUAGAAGCUCAACAUCAUCUUCCGGAUUGUCUACUUCUGGCGCGCCUAGUAGUGCUGGAGCAUCUGAAAUCGAAGCGGAAAAUCUAAAUCGCCCUGAUGCCGAAGAGAUCCUUGAGAUGAUCGCGCACUUUAUGGGUCUGGUCUUCCAUGCGGAGAAAGUCUGGGAGGUGUUCGGUGAGAAAACAACUACUGGGCCACAUGGUCAAAGUCAUCUGCAAGGUGUAGAAGCUGGUUCUGCAGCGAUACGCGGGGGGGGCGACGAUGAAGAAAGUAAAGCUGUGGCGGGCGAGCGGGAUCAACGGCUUCAAUAUUCCGGGUGGACUGCGACCGGCGCCCCUUCGUACCUUCGUCAAGUAGAGUACUUCGAUCACGAGAACCGUUGGAAGCCGGGGGAGUUUCUGCAGACCUAUGAGGGCACGACGAUAGAUCCUAGUCAGGAAGGUAUAACCGAAGCUGUCGCCACCUCUGCAUCCACCUCGGGAGAAGUGAAAAUUGAUGAAGACAGCGCGCAAAAGAUGAAGGUAGAUGCGAGCAAGAAACAGAAGUUUCGGAAGUUCCUGGUGCAGAAACUGGCGCCCAAGUUGGACAUGGGCGUUCUGGGCAUUGUGGAGCUGAUGCGGCCGCGUCACUUGGCGGAGCUGCGGAUUGUUCCGUUCCCGAAACAGCUUUUACUGUCGAUGGUGAGCAACACGUACCAGCACCCCUAUCUGGACCAGUGGCGCAAGACGCCGAAGCUGUACGCCGCGUGGCAACGGCUGACCGACGGCACCCCCUGCGAGGAGACGGGGAAGGCGCGGGAAACGGAAAUUUUCUUCAUGUGUCCGCCGGUUGGGCAGGGCGGUGGACACGCGCGAGCAAACGACGAGACGGAGGACGACCAGGAGGGAUCCUCGGGCGGGGGCUUUUUCGACGACCUGAAAGAGGUGCGGUCGUUGUCCAUGAGCUCAGACCACUUCACCGACGAGGACCACGAGCACGGUGUGCGCCCACAGCAUGUAGAUGUGGAAGACCCAAAUCUUCAUCUAGGGGGGGCACCACCUUUCACCUCGAGCGCGCACGUUUCGCCGCGACCGAGUAUCGCCACCGCUCCUGCAGCUCCAGAGGACCUGGAAACCAGCCCGUCGAAGAGGCGCGGUCGCCGGCGCCGUCGCAAGAAUCCCUGGGGAACUGAGGCCGAGAUGGAAGAAGCAGAUGAGAGCCACACAGAGGGGCACUUGGAGGAAAACAGCGUCGAGUACUUUGAUUACGUGCCGCCAGUUCUUGAUGCAGAGACAGGCCGUGCUACAGCUUCUGGUACUUCAGAAGAUAGCACGCUCCGCACGGAGGUCGUGAACAACGAGAAGCAGAACACAGGAACAAGUGAGCAUGGAGCCACACACUCACGACCCCAACGCCAGCUAGAGCGCCGGUCGCGUGCGUCCUCAGAUCCCGACCGCCUUCCUUUGGAUUUCGAGGCCCAAGUCGCGCAGUGGAGAGAAGUCACCGUAGCUGCUUCAUCUUUGGCAGCUCGUCCUGGAGAACCUGUUGCAACGAAUUCUUCGAAUCGCGCAGCUAGAACCGGUUCGAGCGCGGCGUCUGCAUCAGCAAAAUCUUCGAAGCGCCCCAGGCGGAACGAAUUCGUGCACUACAGUGGACUGAUUUCCUCGUCGCCGGUUGAUACCACGCGCGGUUCCAGAUCCAGUGCACGGAACCGCUUCAUUCAAGCCAGCGACCGCAGAAAAAAGCUGCUAGAGAAGUUUUCGGCCCACACGCGCGGGAUGGAAAUCGUCGGAUUGUCCGAAACUCUCUGCCACUACCGCAUGCUCGUCGCAGCGCCGGGACUUUGUCAACACCCCGAGCUAUCGACCAGCGUGCCGGCGUUUCUCGCCAGAACACCUGGUCACGCAGAGGAUAGCUUGAGCGGCGCUGCGGGACGACAAGCUGUAUCAGGUCGAAGAAAGGGUGCACGGAAAGGGAGGAAGAAAAAGGUCAACGUUAUACGGUGUAGUCGCACGCCCGCAUCUCAUCUGGUGGAUGCAGAGGAAUAUCCUGUUUGAUCACGUGUCCGGCGUUUCGUCUGCUUUUUCGGCUAUCGGAAUCAAUGCGUGGCCGCGGGAAGACCCGGCUUGCGUUGGUUUGCCGAAGUGUUGUCGUGCCAUUUCUUGAAGCCCUGGAUUCAUUGCCGAAGAGCCGGAGCUGCAUUGUGUUGGGUAGCUCGGAGGUGGCGGUGGCUCUCGUACCCCUGGACGGGGAAAGAGUAGGGGGAAUGCGAUGGACAUGGACUUGGGUCGCAGACUCGCGGCGGCGCUAGAGCGGGCUGCAACGUACUCUUCGAGCUGGACAACUCAUCGAUGCAAGCAAUCAAAGAGCAUCUACUCCAGAGUGCUCGUCUUCGCGGGAUCAUUGAUGUUGUCCGUCUUGUACUUGUGUGACGACCGUGCUAUGAUAUGCGAAGCAUUUUUGGUAUAUCAAUAUCUUCCGAAUCCGAUGAAAGCGAAACCAAGUCACUAUGACGAAGUUCGCGAACCCGCGAAACCACCGCGCUACGAAGAUACCAAGACUACAUACUAGAAAAAAUUCAGCAAAGACAUGGG